AUGAUAAGUUCGAAGGUGCGUCCGUCUGCGCAGGCUCUUUUCUGUUCAAUUCGUAUCUGUGCUAUGCCCUACUCAACUUCUACCCCCCUGAAUGCCUCAACGAUGGAUGACAAUCGUCGACUUUUCGAGUACACAUCCGGUCGAUGGAUAUACAACGAGGACAUCCGUCUCACCGAACGCCACGGAGAGUUCAACGUCGAUGCUUUGAAAAGCGCCGCUGCUCAGUCGCUACAGAGAUGCGAUACUGAUGUCAAAAGUUUGUCAAAGCUUGCCGAAGGAGGCUUCAACCGCGUUCUGCAGAUCACCCUGGUCGACGAUACUCAGGUUCUUGCCCGGUUGCCAUAUCCCUCAACCGAACCAAGACAAUUGGCAGUUGCCAGCGAGGUGGCGACCUUGGCUCUCCUCCGUGCUCAUGGUCUCCCUGUGCCCCGCGUGUAUGGCUACUCAACAGAUGCUAGAAAUUCGGUUGGUUCGGAGUAUAUCAUAAUGGAAAAAUUGCCAGGAAAAUCUCUUGGCGAUUGUUGGUUUGAUUUGUCAGACCAACAACGUCUCAAAGUGCUUCUACAGCUUGUAAAGCUAGAGGCAAAACUUCAUUCUAUCGAGCUUCCAGCGAGCGGAAGCAUAUAUUAUGGGAGAGACCUGCCUUCAGACUCACCGCGCAUUGCCAUACCAGACUCAGAUCUCUGUAUUGGUCCCAGCACAGCUCUUAAAUGGUGGUUUUCUGAGCGUGCCACGCUCCGUAUUGAUCGCGGUCCUUGUGUAAACGCGAUCGAUGUCCUCCGCAACCCUGCCUUGAAAGAACUGGCUUGGCUACGUGCAUAUGGCCGGCCGCGCUUCCCAUUUCAACGUGCGUAUCGCGAGUCCAUGGAAUACCGAUUGUCCCUCCCCAAUGACCAUAUUCGUUCGCUCGAAGCGUAUCUCAAAAUCGCUGCUGAACUGCUUCCAUCAAAUGAAUUGCUGCGCCCUCUCCUUCGCCACCCAGAUCUCCAGCCGAACAACAUACUCGUCUCGGAUGAUCUAGACAUCGUCGGAUUGAUUGACUGGCAACACGCAUCUGUACUACCGCUCUUUCUCGCCGCUGGAAUACCCAAAUUCUCCCAGAACUACGACGACCCUGAAUCGCUUAUCUUUCGCCCACCUCCUCGUCCAGAACUAGACGGCAUAGACGACGAGGGAAAGGUCGAUGCCUUUCGGCGUCGCCAUACCCACUUUUUCUAUUUGGCCUUCACGCAGCGUUUCAAUGAACCUCAUUUCCACGCCAUAGAUCAGCCGACGAGUAUGCUUACCCGCCGCAUCUUUAGCCAUGCCGGCGAGCCCUGGGAAGGGAAUAAUGUUCCUCUUCAGGCUGACCUUGUGCUCAUUACCAAACUCUGGAACGAAUACUCGACCGGCCCAUGUCCGAUAUCAUUCUCUUCAGCCGAGGCUGAUUCCAUCAUGCACCUGCAAAGUAUGCAAGAAGAAGUUGAUCUCCAGCUCAAACUGGUCCGCAACUUCAUUGGCGUCGGCGUGGACGGUUGGACCUCUCCGGACGCAUAUGAAGCUGCCUGUUCCCGCGCUCGUCAGAUGAAGGUUGACGGCCUUGCUUCUCUCGACACGGAGUACGAACGCGAGAUGACAGAUCGUCACUGGCCAUUUGACGACCACAACGAGGACGAGUAG